UAUUACUCCGAAUAUACGUAUGUAUACGGGGAAGUAAAAUUGGGAAAAGAUGAAGUCUAGAAUUUGGGAAUGCAUGUUUUCAUAGAAUUUGAGUUUUUAAAUUGGUUAUUCUGUGACAUCCCUCGACGUUAACUUUCAGAAUGCGCAUGGUGUAUUGUGUGACGUUGCAGAGAUGAGUUGGAAGUAACAAUUGACGGAGGAGGGUGUGUAUUUUGACUUAGACCAGGGCAGUGAACUAUCGUUUUGGAUUUACAUUCAUUAAUAGACAUAAAAUACUGUACGCCCAAAAUCGUAUUACAACGUAUCAAAAAUGAAUUGUAUUUUUCCAAGGGAAGUGCGACACGCCCGCACAUUUUACUCAGUUUUGCUGCUGCUACUGAUAUCCAUUGCUGUAGCUAUACCAAAACCCGAAGAGAAGGAGAAAAAAGAUAGAGUGUUGGUUAAUGAGCUGAGUGACAAAGAACAUUAUCAAAAUUCAGAACACAAUGUCCAGUACGAUCAUGAAGCAUUCCUUGGUGAUGAUGCCAAAACCUUUGAUCAACUUACUCCAGAAGAGAGUCGGAGAAGAUUGGGGCUAAUUGUUGAUAAAAUUGAUAAAAAUUCUGAUGGAUUUGUUUCACAAGAGGAAUUGAAAGAUUGGAUUCAGUAUACUCAGAGGCGUUAUAUUGUUGAUGAUAUUGAUCGACAGUGGAAAGCUCAUAACCCUGAAAAUAAGGAAAAAAUAACCUGGGACGACUACAAGAAAACAGUAUACAGUUUUAUGGAUGAUAUGGAUACAAAUGAGUUAGAAAAGAAUGAAGAAGGAUUUUCGUAUCAAAAUAUGUUGAAGAGGGAUAGGCGACGUUGGAGUGUAGCUGAUAUUGAUGGUGAUGAUUCAUUGACUCGUGAAGAAAUAGCUGGGUUUCUUCAUCCUGAAGAGUCUGGCCACAUGAGGGACAUUGUUGUCCUUGAAACAAUGGAAGAUAUUGACAAAGAUCACGAUGGCAAAAUAUCUCUAAAGGAGUAUAUUGGUGAUAUGUAUCAUGGUUCUGAAGGUGAUGAAGAACCAGAUUGGGUUCAAAAUGAGAGAGAUCAGUUUGCUCAAUACCGUGAUAAAGAUGGGGAUGGAUUUAUGGAUAAAGAGGAGGUGAAAAACUGGAUUAUUCCACCUGAUUUUGACCAUGCAGAAGCUGAAGCACGACAUCUUAUUUAUGAAGCUGAUUCUGAUGCAGAUCAGAAACUCACCAAAGAGGAAAUUCUUGCCAAAUAUGAUGUAUUUGUUGGAUCUCAGGCUACAGACUUUGGAGAAGCUUUAACAAGACAUGAUGAAUUUUGAUUGUGAUACUUGCCUUAAAUGAUUACUGCAGUAAUUGUACACAAGUUGAUAGAGCAGUAUUUCUGGUUUUAUAUCCUUCUGUAUGCCCUGCGAUGUGAGUAUAUAUGUUGUAUGGUUGCUAAAGUAUAAUUUCUUAGUGUUAAUGUUUUGCUUGUAAAUGAGUCUCAAUUUUUAGAAAUCUUGAAUAGCAGCUUUAGUUAGUAAAAUAUGUGAUAUUUUUAUACAUCUGUGCUGAACUACUUAAUAUAAUUGUACUGCUGUAACAGCAAGUCAUGUCAUUACAGUGUAAUACAUGUUUUUGAAACAUUGAAUUGUAUGUCUCCAUAAUGGCAGCCAUAUGAGAAAUGUUACAUAUCCAAGAUCAUUUUAUCUGAUGUAGAUGUAAAUAUGAGAUUGUAGAUGUAAAUCAUGAUGCAUUUUUAAUUAUUAGCAUUUUAUUAGAGCCAUGUCUUGUUUGUAAUAUAGAAGUCGUUUCUGUUAGCCGGGAGUUGAAUUGUGCAACUUGAAUGAAUACUGCCAUUUUUUUGCUGUCUUGGCAAUAUAUUUUGUAUGUUACAUUGUGUGUUUAUAUUUAGCUUCCAAAUGAGAAAACUGGGAUGAAUGUGUGUGUAACAUUAAAAGUAUAUUGUCAUUUUAUCCUUCCAUUUCCUAGAAGUAUAAAUGUUGAAUAAUGAAAUAAUUAAUAUAAAAUUCUUAAACUUUUUAUUUGUUCUAUAUGAAUACUCAAACACAUGGCUUCCAAUAUUUUCUUACUGAUGAUGUAUUUGAUAUGUGUUAUUUGAGAAUGUCGUAUCUCCACUUUUAAUACAUUAAUUUUGUUUUAAAAAUUAAGAAUCUCAAGUACUGAAUAUAAAAUCAGAUUUUUGUGGCUGAAGCAUGUAGAACCUAACAUGCAUGUUUUUUAAUAAAUAGUUAUUGGAUAAAAUUUCUGUCCUAUUAAAUUUUAAUAUAAUUAAACCAUUUUUUACUUCUUAUGAUUUAAUAGAGUGGUAAUUCUUUCAGAAGCUGCAAAUUUUGCUUCUUCUAUUUUAAGUGCCAAAAUAUUUGAGGUUUUUUAUUUACAUGCAAGGAAGAAAAUAAUUCUGUUAGAUUUUAAUCUUCACUGUUGCUUGUAUUGCUGAUAAUACACCAAAUAAAGAAUAAAGAGGAAGUAUACAAUUAAGAGUAAUUGGAAAUGUAAUUCUGUGCUAUUAAGGGCGAGAAGAAAAUUGAACUUUGUUCAGUCCAAAUAAGUAACAAAACUUGUGAUUGCUUUAAAUAAUGCAUCACUGGACACACAAUUUUUGGUGUCAAUGUAGCACAAGUUUAAAUAAUGUGUUUUCUUUGUAUCAAGAGAAAAGAAUUGUUUCAAAAAUGUUGCAAUCUAACAGUCUUAACACUAAAAUGCCCGGUAUUCCUUACCUACAUUCUCCAUUAAACUGUUGUUUCGACACCAUGGUAUUUUCAGCUAGUUGCAGUUAUAAGAACUGAAAAUUUUACUGAUUUCUAUUACAUUCCUAAACUCCUUGAUAAUUUCUAAUCUUUAUUAAGUUCAUAUUCUAAAUAAAAUUUUUGAUGUUUAAGGAUUGCAAUAUGCAAAGUAAAAGAAUAUACAUGUUAUGUACAAUUAUCAUUAAAGAAAUUACCUCACCAGUUUGUUGAAAAGUUCUAUAUGUAUGUGUACAACAGAAAUAUUCUCUCUAUAUAGUACUCAAGUUGGUAAAGUAAACUUCGCUAUUGUUUGGUACUUCUUUUGCACGUGGCACUUUUUCUUUUCCUUUCUUUCAGAAAAUUACCUGACCUUGUUACUUUUCUCUAUUAGAAGAGAUAUAUCCAGUAUAGGGAAAGUUAUGUAAUGCCACGGAAAAUCGAUUUUGAGAUUUCAACUGGAAAUACACGUUUCAGAGUACCCGGAUACUGAAAAAGUGUUUUUUUCAAAACAUACAUCUGUCAGUCUGACCAUCCCUCUGUGAACACCACUAGCGUGUAAACUAUACAUAGGAUUUUUUUGAAAAUAGAUAUUCCCCUGUGGACCUGACUCGAAGCUCUGCGAGUUUGAAAUACUCUCUUCAAAAUACGGGGGUACUUUAUAAGAGGCGCCCCCCCCCCCCC